AAUAGCACGAACCGAAAGGCUCUCCAUCAAGGCGCACAUUGAAACGUCCCUGCUUCAUUCUAGUUUCUAAUUAAAAGGGAAUCUGUAUUAAUGACAGAAUUUCGGCAGCUCGGAAAACCCCAGGAACAAUGCAAUGACAAGCGGGUGACCUUCACGGCUAACUUUUUACUUUCUGUGAAAGACUGAAAUAAGUGGUGAUAGUUUCCAGUUCUUACCGAUUGAUAAAACCUCUCAGUGUUUAUCUCUAUAUCUGAUUGAGUACAUCGAACAAUUUAUUUUUAAUUGGAACAAGAUCAUUUGCGCAAUCAUUUGAAUGCUUAUUGAAUUAUUAUUCGGAUUGUGUUCAUCCAGUUAAAAAAAAGCAAUAUUUUGUGGUAAAGACAGAUAAAAGCAGUGCGAAUGGUCUUCUCAAAACUUUCUUGCAUAUUUCUUCAGAAAGGUGUUAUUUCCUCUUUCUUCAUAAAAAUUGUGGACCUUGAGCAAGACAAUAAAAGCCAUGAGUGUACAUUUUUUUCAAAGUAUUUUAUGCUUCAGUAAUAUAAUUGAGUACGCAUUAGAAUUCCUUUUUAAUACCGAUUAGAUUCAAAAUUUGGCAUAGAACUACAGUUGUAUUCACAAGAUCAUGUACAGAAUUCCAUUGAUUUAAGCCAUCACGUUUGCACGCAUGCGAAAGGACAAACUGGCAGAUGGUCAAUCCUUUGACAGAUUUGACUGAAACUACAGGAAGUUGGAAUAGAAAAAUCAGCUGGGGGAGCGUAUUUUAAUUUGUAAAUUCACCUAUUGUGCAGGAAAUAUGGCUGGAAUAUUGCAGAUUCUCAAUAACAGUUUUAAGUCUUUCCUUGAUCAAGGAGAUCCCCGAGUGAAGGAUUGGCCCAUGAUGCAGACUCCUUUUCCCGGCAUGGCUAUGAUCGCAGCCUAUAUCUACUUUGUGAAAGUGGCAGGACCACAGUUCAUGAAGAAGCGCAAACCCUUCGAUCUCCGGUGGCCGAUGGUUAUCUACAAUUUCAUGUUGGUGUUCAUUAGCUUGGCACUUUUUCUGGGGCUCGGCUGGUACAGCUACUUCAAUGGUUACAGUCUGAAAUGUCAACCUGUCGAUUAUUCUAACAAGAUUGAAGCAGUCAGAUUAGCUCAAAUCGGGUACUUGUUUUAUCUGACAAAAUUUGUAGAAUUUGCCGACACGAUAUUCUUCGUGCUUCGUAAGAAAGAUAAUCAAAUCAGUGCACUGCAUGUCAUUCACCACAGCAUCGUGCCUUUCAGUCUUUGGUUUGGAAUCAAAUUUGCACCAGGUGGCUACAAUACUCUAUUUCCCUUCCUCAACUCUUUCGUCCAUGUGAUUAUGUACGGUUACUAUGGCGUGGCAGCACUCGGGGAGAAGUACAAGAAAUACUUAUUCUGGAAAAAGUACAUGACCUACAUCCAGCUGGCACAAUUCGUUUGCGUCAUGGUCUAUGCCGUGUCCUUAUACAUAAACAAGUGCGAUAUUCCCAAAACAUUCAUCGUGAUGAACUUCAUCCACGCACUACUGUUCUUGGCGCUCUUCCUCAACUUCUUCAUAAAGAACUACAUCCAAAAACCAUCAGUAAGAUCCAGAUCAACUCUGGUGUCUACAGAAAAAGCCAGCAUGGUGAAAAUGGCCAAUGGUGGAACAAAAGAAAAUGGAUUUGCCUUGCCAACCAUCUCGGAAAAUGGAGAAAUUUCCACCCACCGAAGGAAUAUUCACAGGUGUUGCCACGAAGAAGACUGCCUUUGCAAGUCUGACACAGUGUGCAAGAACGGUUUCCAAAAUGGAUCCAAAGUGAAAUUCCAAUGAAGACAUUUUGCCAUUUGUCAGCAAAUCUGUGAUUACAAAACAUCUCGAGUCUUUUUGAAAAGUUUUUUGGUUGAAAUCUAGUUUAGAGUACUCUCUCACCUUGCCAAAGAUGUCGACGUGGCAAGUAGUUAUCUGGUCUGCUACCUUGAUUGGCGACUUGGCAUUCUUGGCGAGGUAAAGGGGCACCAUAAACCAGAUUUUAACCGAUAUUUAAAAAAUAUUCAGAAACUUCAGCGUCUUUUAUUGAAUUUUUUCGAACUUUUCACCGAAGGAGCUCUACAUCUUGUAUCAUCCUGAGCACUGGAAGGCAUUGGAACAUGUUUUUCAGCUAAAAGAGGCGAUGGAAUUUCAUCUGUAUUUUUUCCAUAUAAAAGCGUGAGUUCAAAUCUAUAAAUUAUUUUAAGCUUAUUUAAAUGUAUUUAAAGCUCUUGUAUUUUCACUUGGUGAAAAAUAUUUAUGGCCAAAGGCUUCGUUUUAAAAGUUAACACUUUUCGAAGCAUAGUUGUUAUAACCAAUUUUAAAUGUUUUAAUAAUGACAAUGUGUGUAACUAGAAAAGUAAUGACGCUUUAUUGGAGGUCAGUUUUAUAAUUUUAGUUGCGAUUAUUUGAGAUUUCAUUUUCCGUGGAAAUGUUAGACAUGUUUAAUUUCCCACAUGUUGGUAUUCUCUGGAUUUACAAGCAUUUCAAAAUAUUUGUAAAUUUAUUGAAUGUACUUUGUCUUGAAACAUACUUGUGAAUGUUCAUUUCA